AUGAACGUCGAUGAUGUCGAGGAUCGAGAUGGCGUUCGCCUCUCGUGGAACGUCUGGCCUUCCUCCAAGAUCGAGGCUACUAGGACCGUAGUCCCCAUCAGCGCCCUCUACACCCCUCUUAAGGAGCGUGAGGAUCUGCCUCCCGUGCUUUACGAACCUGUCACCUGCAAGCCUCCUUGCCGAGCCGUCCUGAAUCCUUACUGCCAAAUCGACGUACGCGGAAAGCUCUGGAUCUGUCCCUUCUGUCUCUCGCGAAACGCGUUUCCUCCUCACUACAAGGACAUCAGCAGUACCAACCUACCCGCCGAGCUGCUUCCCAAGUACACCACCAUCGAGUAUACCCUCAGCCGUCCCGCUCAAAUUCCACCCAUUUUCCUCUACGUCGUCGACACCUGCAUGGACGAUGAUGACCUCAAGGCGUUGCGCGAGGCUCUCGUUGUCAGCUUGAGCCUACUCCCUCCCAACGCUCUCGUCGGUCUCAUUACCUAUGGUACCAUGGCCCAGGUUCACGAGCUCGGCUACGACGCCUGUCCCAAGAGCUACGUCUUUCGUGGAACCAAGGAGUAUGCUCCCAAGGCUAUCCAGGACAUGCUCGGCCUCAACCCGGGCGCUCGUCCCAUGGGCGCUGGCGCUCCCGGUGCUCCCGGCGGUCCCUCUCAGGCUCCUCGUCCGCCCAACGCUACCGCGCAGAUGGGCGCUUCGCGUUUCCUUUUGCCCGUCUCGCAGUGCGAGUUCCAGCUGACGCAGAUCCUCGAACAGCUCCAAAAGGACCCUUGGCCUGUCGCUAACGACAAGCGAAGCCAGCGUUGCACCGGCGUUGCGCUCAGCGUCGCCGUAGGCAUGCUUGAGACCACGUUCCCCAACACGGGUGCGCGCGUCAUGCUCUUCUGCGGUGGUCCCGCCACCGAAGGUCCUGGCAUGGUGGUUUCCACCGAGCUGCGUGAACGCAUUCGAUCGCACCACGACAUUGACAAGGACAACGCAAAGUACUACAAGCGCGCCAUCAAGUUCUACGAAGCCAUGGCCAAGCGCGCUGCAGGCAAUGGACAUACGAUCGACGUCUUUGCCGGUUGUCUCGACCAGGUGGGUCUGCUCGAGAUGAAGGGUCUCGCCAACCUCACCAACGGCCACAUGAUCCUCGCCGAUAGCUUUCAGAUGGGUAUCUUCAAGCAGAGUUUCCACCGCCUCUUUCAGAAGGACGACCAAGGCCAUUUGCAGAUGGGCUUCAACGCUACUCUGGACGUGCAGUGCACCAAGGAGCUCAAGGUGUCGGGUCUCAUCGGUCACGCCGUCUCCGCCAACAAAAAGUCGGGCUGUGUCGGUGAAACCGAGAUCGGUAUCGGCCAGACCUCGGCGUGGAAGCUGUGCUCGCUCACGCCUCGCACCUCGGCGGGCAUCUACUUUGAGGUGGUGACGCCUGCAGGACAGCCCAUGCAGCCAGGUUCACGAGGUCUCAUCCAGUUUGUCACGCACUAUCAGCACGCUUCGGGCCAGUACCGUCUUCGCGUGACCACGAUUGCGCGAAACUUUGCCGAGGGCGGCUCAGGCCAGAUCGCCGCCUCGUUUGACCAGGAGGCAGCUGCGGUGCUCAUGGCCAGGAUCGCCGUGUUCAAGGCUGAGAUCGACGAUAGUCCGGACGUGCUUCGCUGGCUGGAUCGCAUGCUGAUCCGACUGUGUCAGAAGUUUGCCGACUACCGCAAGGACGAUCCGACGUCGUUCCGGUUGGGCGAAAACUUUAGCAUCUACCCUCAGUUUAUGUUCCACCUUCGUCGAUCGCAGUUUUUGCAGGUGUUUAACAACUCGCCAGACGAGACGGCCUUCUACCGACACGUGCUCAACACGGAGGACGUGAACAACUCGCUGAUCAUGAUUCAGCCGACGCUCAUGUCGUACGGAUUCGAAGGACCGCCGCAACCGGUGUUGCUGGACUCGGUCUCGAUUCGACCGGACGUGGUGUUGCUGCUGGACACGUUCUUCCACAUUCUCAUAUUCCACGGAGAGACGGUGGCGCAGUGGAGGAAGGCGGGAUAUCAGGAUCAAGAGGGGUACGAGAACUUUAAAGAGGUCUUGGAGAAUCCGAGGGCGGAUGCGCAGGAUCUGCUGGCGGACCGAUUCCCGAUUCCGCGAUACAUUGUUUGCGACCAGAACGGAUCGCAGGCGAGGUUCUUGUUGAGCAAACUGAACCCCUCGACGACGCACAUGAGCGGAGGCAUGUACGGCUCUUCGGGUAACAGUGGCGCUGCUAUCUUUACCGAUGACGUGUCGCUGCAGGUGUUUAUGGAGCAUCUCAAGAGGUUGGCCGUCGGUGCUUCGUCCAACUAG